GUUCAAUAACGUGGACGGUAAAAGCCUCUAAACUAGAUCCAUGUAUACUUUACUUUUAGAGACGCAUCGAAUAGCUGGCUCUGUGAUUGUAUUCUGCCCGUCGUAACGUUGACACACGUGCUGGGGCUGACAGUUGUGAAAAAGAAUGUUCUCAGUGGAAGUGUUCUAGUUUGGAAGUUUCUAUCGUAGUUUCGAUUAGCUGCUACGGGUUGAUCUGAUAUAAGUCAGUUGGGUAUUUACCCAAUCCCAGCAAAUUAGAAAAUGGAGGAGUAUUAUUCAUGUAGCUGCUGCCUGGUGCGCCCACCAGACAAAGGCCUCAAGACUAUGUAUAAACAUCUCGGCAAAGCAGAGGUAUAUUACGACAUGCUGAGAGAAUGCUUUGGUUUAAGUUUAAGCUUAGGAAAUGAUGAGUGUGGUAUCUGCGAGGUGUGCGUGGUGCGACUGCGGGACGCGAACGACUUCAAGCAGCAAGUGCUGCGCGUCCAGGACGUCCUGCACGCGCGGCUCACGGGAGCACUCCCUGCCAAGCAACAAUCGUCCGUUCCCGAGCGAGCUUGGAACACUGUACCAGGAAACACCAUCGAGUCCCGCGUCGGCAUGCUGGACGAAAGCAGAACGGAACUGGACCAACUGAAGAAAUUAGUUGAUGACGUUAUUAUGGACUCUACGAGGAACGAGCAUUGGGUUACACGCCCGAACAUCGAAAUCAAUAGUGUACCGGAAGUGAAGGCUGCAGAUGUCAACUACAAAAUCAAGUUAGAGAAACCAACUGGAUGUGACACCAUUUCGCCUGCAGAUGUCAACUACAAAAUCAAGUUAGAGAAACCUACUGGAUGUGACGCCAUUUCGGGCGGGAUCAAGCAGGAGAGUCCAGAGGUGGAGAUGGCUGAUAGCAACAUCAUAUCAGUAACAUUAUACGAAGAAUCACCAGCGUCUUUUGCUCAACCAGUUCCUACCGCGUCCCACAGCGUCUUGUUCGCGCCAGCUCUGAACGUAGUCAAACGCCGCUCGCAAACUGGAGAGAAACCUUACGCGUGCAAAAUAUGCGACAAAACAUUCGGACAGAAGGGCCACUUAAAUGCUCAUUACGCAAAACAUAUAGGAAAAUUCAAAUUCUCUUGUGAAUUAUGCAAAAGGGGAUUCGUACACAAACAUGAAUAUGUUACUCAUAUGCGGAUACACACUGGAGAGAAACCUUUUGCGUGCAACAUAUGCGACAAAAAAUUUCGACAAAAGGGCCACUUUAAUGCUCAUUACGCAUACCAUAUAGGAAAAUUCAAAUUCUCUUGCGAAUUAUGCAAAAGGGGAUUCGUAAAGAAACUCGACUAUGAUAGUCAUAUGCGGAUACAUACUGGUGAAAAACCAUAUGAAUGUGAUAAAUGCAACAAGAAAUAUAGGUAUAAAGGCCAAUUAAAACUACAUAAAAAUAGUCAUUUGAAAUAUGAUCAGAAUCGCGUAGAGCCAGGAGAAAUAACUACAUGCAAAAGAGAGUCAUCAGAAGACUCAGAUGAUCAAGGACCUUCAAAAUAUUUUACGUGUGAUAUAUGCAAAAAGCAAUUUGUGAAUAAAAACUAUUUAGCCGCUCAUUCGAAACAUCACUCUGGGGAUUAUCCAUUCACUUGCGACAUUUGUAAAAGGAAAUUUAAUACGCAGUUUGCCUUAAAUGCUCAUAAAGUUGAUCACUCGGGAGGAAGACCUUUUAAAUGUGAUAAAUGCAAUAGGGGCUACACAACGAAAGGUGCUUUAACUCUACAUAUGAAAGUUCACACUGAGGAUUAUAAGCAUGCAUGUCAUCUGUGCAGUAAACGAUUCAUAACAAAGGAGAAUUUAAAUGUACAUAUGCGCGUACACACGGGGGAAAAGCCUUAUACCUGUGUAACUUGUGAAACUAAGUUCCGCUAUCGAUAUAGCUUGAAGAAACAUUUAUUGGAGAAACACAACCAAGUUAUAGACAAACAGUUCGGUUGUGAUACUUGUGGGGAACGAUUUGCAUUACAGGAGACGUUAAUAAAACAUAUGAACAAACACACUGAGAAGGAAAUGGAAGAUAAAAAGAAAGGCCUAGCAUUUAUGUGUGAAAUAUGUAGCAAACGAUUUUCGACAAAAGGUAUUCUAAAAACCCAUAGAGAAACACAUAAUGAAGAAAGACCUUACGAGUGUGAAGUAUGUCAUAAAAAAUACCGAACGAAGACGAAUUUACAGGAUCACAUGCAGGUGCACGAGGAAAAAAAAACACUCUUGCUAAGACUGACUGUCAAGCCUGUCAGCUAUAACUGCCAGGAGACUGUUGCGGCUGCCCCGCCGGCGCCGCAGCGCGCGCGCAUGAUGGCCUGCAACCCGUCCACGCGCGCAUCCGCGAACAUCCCGGACGCGCUGCACCAGCGAGGCAACCGCAGCAGUGCCCUGAAGAAGACCAUGGAAGCAUAUUACUCGUGUAGCUGCUGCCUGGUGCGCCCUCCGGAUAAAGGCCUCAAGACACUAUACAAUCAUCUCGGCAAAGCAGAGAUAUAUUAUGAUAUGCUGACAAAAUGCUUUGGUUUAAAUCUGACUUUAGGAAAUGACGAGUGUGGGAUCUGUGAGGUGUGCGUGGGGCGGCUGCGGGACGCGAACGACUUCAAGCUGCAAGUGCAGCGCGUCCAGGACGUCCUGCAUGCGCGGCUCACGGGAGCACUCCCUGCCACUGCAGAUGACAAGAUCAAAAUCAAGUUAGAGAAACCAACUGGAGAUGACGCCAUUUCGCGCGGGAUCAAGCAGGAGAGGCCAGAGGUGGAGAUGGCUGAUAGCAACGUCGUAUCAGUUGCAUUACCCGAAAGUUCGCCAGCUUCUUUUGCUCAACAAGUUCCUACCGCGUCCCACAGCGUCUCGCGCGCACCAGCUCCGAACGUUACCAAGUGUAGCUCCCACACUGGAGAGAAACCUUACGCGUGUAACAUAUGCGACAAAAGAUUUGGACAGAAGGGCCACUUAAAUGCUCAUUUCGCAUACCAUAUAGGAAAAUUCAAAUUCUCUUGCGAAAUAUGCAAAAGGGGAUUCGUACAAAAACAUGAAUAUGUUACUCAUAUGCGGAUACACACUGGUGAAAAACCAUACGAAUGUGAUAUAUGCAACAAAAAAUUUAGACAGAGCGGCAACUUCAAACGACAUAAAAACAGUCAUUUGAAAUAUGACCAGAAUCGCGUAGAACCAGGAGAAAUAACUACAUGCAAAAAAGAGUCGUCAGAAGAAUCAGAAGAUCAAGGACCCGCAAAAUAUUUUACGUGCGAUAUAUGCAAAAAGCAAUUUAUGGAUAAAAACUAUUUAGAUGCUCAUUCCAAACGUCACUCUGGAGAUUAUCCGUUCACUUGCGACAUUUGUAAAAAGAAAUUUAAUACGCAGUUUGCUUUGAAUAAUCAUAAAUUUGAUCACUCGGGAGGGAAACGUUUUAAGUGUGAAAAAUGCAAUAAAAGUUAUAGAACAAAAGGCGGUUUAUAUACUCAUUCGUUAGCUCACAGAGAGGGUUAUAAGCACGCGUGUCACGUGUGUAAUAAACGAUUCAUACUAAAACAUGAUUUGAAUAUACAUAUGCGCUUACACACAGGAGAAAAACCUUAUACGUGUGCAACAUGUGAAACUAAGUUUCGCUAUAGAAAUUGCUUAAAGAAACAUUUAUUAGAGAAACACAACCAAGUUAUGGACAAACAGUUCAGUUGUGAUACUUGUGGGAAACGAUUUGCAUUACAGGGGACUUUAAUAAAACAUAUGAACAAACACAUUGAGAAGGAAACGGGAGAUAAAAAGAAAGACCUAGCAUUUAUGUGUGAAAUAUGUAGCAAACGAUUUUCAACAAUAGGUAUUCUAAAAUACCAUAAAGAAACACAUAAUGAAGGAAGGCCUUUCGAGUGCGAAGUAUGUCAUAAAAAAUACCAAACGAAGAGGAAUUUACAGGACCACGUGAAGGUGCACGAAGACAAAAAACACUCGUGUGAAGUAUGCGGCCAGCCAUUCAGACAUAAGUCUGCCUUGAAAGUUCAUAUCCGACGGAUGCACGAGGAAAACAGACCACAUGUUUGCGGUAUUUGUAAAAAGGCUUUUGUGGUGAUUGCUGAAUUAAAAAUUCAUAAUCGGGUACACACUGGGGAGAAACCGUAUGCUUGCGAAAUAUGUUUUAAGAAAUUUCAGGGCCUGAGCGGAAUUAAGAACCAUCUUAUAAAUGUCCACCACGAGAAACCUACGAGAUUUGUUAAAUUAAAAGAAUUGAAUAAAUAUGACUAAAUUAAAAGUGAUUAGUUGUGUAAAUGAUAAGAAAUACAAGUUGCCUUUUUUUUUUAA